GGUGUGGACCUAUAAAUCUAGCAGAUCUCCGCUAUUCACAGCAGUCUGACUAGAAUUUAACGGUCUUCUGCUUGACCUCAGCUACAGCAAGAAAGAUGAACAAAAUCAUUUUCGGGUUCUUUGCAGUCGUUUUGUAUUUCGCAGCAGGUCAGGCCCUGCAGUGUUAUGAGUGUAAACUGGGACUCGGGAGUCUUUGCUACACAACCAAAAAGACAUGUGAUGCUGGUCAGCAGUGCUUCAGUGGAUUAGGGAAGGCUGCUGGUUUUGUGGAUAUUAAGAUGAAAGGAUGUCUCGAAGUGUCCAAAUGCAAUACAGCUGAACAGGUGAAUUUCCCGCCUGACUCAAGCACAAAGAUAUACCAGAUGAUGAAGACGUGCUGUUCUACUGACCUGUGUAACUCGGCUCUUGGUCACUUCUCUGCUCUCAGCAUGGCCUUCACUACCAUCACUUCUGUGUUCAUGGUCAAAUUCCUCAUUUGAGGAGGAUUAUUUCAUCUCUCACUCUCACACACACACACACACACACACACACACACACACACACACACACACACACACACACAUACUUUUGUUUUUGUUAAUUGUGGGAACAUUCCAUAGGCGUAAUGGUUUUUAUGCUGUACAAACUGUAUUUUCUCUUCCCCUACACUACUAUUUUGGAAACUAGUUGAAAACAACAAAAGAAAAAAGAAGAAACACUCACCUCAAACAAUAUUUGAAGACUUUUCUUUUCUCUUCUGAACUGUCGUGUUGAACAGCAGCUCUGAAAUUGUUCACUUUAUGUGAAAUAAAGGAAGUGAAACUGC